AUGUCAUUCAUUUGUCUGUAUGUCUUGUGGUUUAGAAGUCUAACAGCUCAGGCAUACGGUGCGAGUGUUGAUAAACGCGGUUUGAUUGGCGAUAUCUUUCAACACCUGAACCCAUUGAACCACAAUUGCCAAACUGGAAGCGGGACUACCGGUGCCGCACCAACUGCUAUGAAAGUAGACCUUGAUCAAUUACUUCAGUCAGACUGCGAGCACCCGUUGUCUCCUAAUUAUAAGCAAACUUUGCGCCGAUUGGACGUCGAUCUGAAAGAGUUUGGUCCCGGAGAUCCCACCAAACCUAAUCAUUUGGAAUAUCUGCUUGCAUUUACUCCGUUUGUCAACACAACUGUAAACGUAUCCAAAAGCGUGAAAUGUGUGUCCAAUGGUGUGAACCAAUUGACUGGUCUAUCACUCAAUGCUGUCUCCCAUCCCAUGGAGUUGUCGUGCAGUGGCUUUCACUUCAGACAAAUCCCGUAUACAUUCAGCGCUCACUUUAACGGACAACACGAGGAUUUGAUUGUAGAUAAUUGCAACCAGGUGGUUUCAUCUGUCAAUGGCAAUAUGUUUGAGCUGAAUUUGGGUGCCAUAACCUCUGGCCGAUGCAAAGGAGACUUACUAUACGUGCAGACCGUCUACACAUCGGACAACCCGUUAGCCUGUGCUCAACAAACCCUCAAUACUCUGCGUAUAACCCAAAUGAGUGCCGCAAUCUAUGGCGAGAAUUGCCCGACAGAGUGCACAGACUAUACCGCAACACCUGUUACUAUUAGUCCCUCCAUUAAUAACCAGGGUAAAGCUUAA